AUGGAUCCUUAUGCGCGUCUUCGUGGGGAAUACAGCACCCUGGAUGUUGCGCGUGAGAUGCAGCGUGGUGAGGAUGCCUUCGCCGCCAAUCCGUUCCGAACCGAGGGUGCAUCCGACUUCCUGGGCUUUGACCUGCCCCAGCAGCAGGAGCACAGCUCAGCCUCACAGAGAAACAGCCGGAUGAGUCCAGACUUCCUUCCCCUACAUGGCUCCAUAACAGAUGAAAUUUCCCAGCCCUUUGACAAGUCUGGGGUUAUGUCACCCCAGGAGUUACAGAGCCUUUACAAAGAUGCCUCUGAUGUCCAAGUCCAAGAUCCCCGAGUUCUUAGCACGAAGGUGGUGGACAAGCAAGAGCAAAAAGUCUCCAAAGUUGUCACUGGCAAAAGACAGGUCAUCACCAUUGAGAAAGUUGUUGAGAUUCCACAGGUCAUCACCAAGGUAAAGUGGAGUACCGCUAUGGUGGACGUUCCGGACCUGGAGGGCCUGGUGGUAAUUGGGGCCCAGGAGGUGGUCCAGGAUCAGGUGGCUUUGGCCCAGGUGGAUUGGGAGGCUUUGGCGGGUGUGGGCCUGGUGGCUGUGGUCCUGGUGGGUUUGGUCCUGGCGGGUUUGGUCCUGGUGGCUCUGGCAGCGGACCAGGCGGCGGCCCAGGCGGACCAGGCGAUGGUCCAGGCGGCUGUGGGCCUGGUGGUUGCGGAGCAGGCGGAUGCGGUCCUGACGGCAGUUGGGGUGGACCUGGCGGCUGCGGUCCUGGUAGCGGAUGUGGAAGCGGUCCAGGUGGAUGUGGAGGUCCAGGUGGUGGUGGAGGUCCAGGUGGUGGUGGAGGGUGUGGCGGUCCAGGUGGCUCUGGUCCAGGCGGGUAUGGUCCAGGCGGCUAUGGUCCAGGUGGGUAUGGUCCCGGUGGGUAUGGCCCAGGAGGGUUUGGUCCAGGUGGAUGCAGCGCUGAUGGUGCAGGCUUCGGUCCUGGUGGAUUUGGUCUCGGUGGGCCGGGUGGCUUUGGUCCCGGUGGUCGUGGUCCUGGCAAGUUUGGACCCGGAGGCUGUGGUGGUGGGUUUGGUCCGGGAGGCGGUCCUGGAGGAUUUGGUGCUGGUGGGUUCGGACCUGGCGGAUUUGGUGCUGGCUGUGGCGGUUUCGGAGGUGGGCCUUGCCAUGGACUUUGGAGGAUAUGGAGGGGGUGGCAUCCGUGAAGCUUUGGGUUGGGACCCAAGUUCUAUGCAGUUGGUGGGUGGUCCGGCGAGCUUGGAAGAAGCAUUGCAAACCUUGGGUGGAGGAGAAGGAGACCUUCCAGGCCUUCCUCCGGGUGUUGAACCUGGCUCCAAAGAAUACAAUGAGCAUCUCCGCAUGCUAGAGGCGCAAGGCUUAAUCGAGAUUCGCGAGGAGAUUGUGGAGGUGCCUCAGGUCGUUAUUGAAGAGCGGGUUGUCCAUGUCCCCGGAAAGAAGCAGAUCCAGGAGAGACUCAUCGAAGUACCCAAGGUGGAGUGGGUUGAGCGCGUAGAGUACGAGGACUUUGUCGAGUACCGUGAAGUUCCAGUCGACAAGAUCAUUGAGGUCCCUGAGAUCGAGUACAAGAUCAAGCAGGUUGACCAAACAGUGCCACAAACCUACAUCCAAGAGCAUUUCGUGGACAGGUAUAAGGAGGUUCCCGUGACACAGGUCCAAGAGACUGAACGUGUCGAGCACGUGCCUGUCAUGGUGCCAAAUGAUUGGAGGCCGCCCAACUUGCAGGCACUUGGGGUGCAGAAUGCUGCCCCACCGGCUAUUGUCACCACCUAG